AUGAGCCGCAGCAACAGGAAGAGCUCUAGGGGCCUUGACCUGAAGCUGAAUCUCUCACUUCCGGCAACAGGAGACUCCUCCAGGAGGCUGAUGGCUGACGAGGAGUCAUCCCCGAGCUCCUGCCUGUCGUCCGAGAACGAGCAUGGCCUGCAGUGGUCCAACAGCCCUGAGGCCACGUCCAUGGUUCUUGCUGCCUGCCCUCGCUGCUUCAUCUACGUCAUGCUCCCCCAGGAUGACCCUCGGUGCCCCCAGUGCAAGAGCCCCGUGCUCCUUGACUUCCUGCAGGACAACAACAAUAGUAAGAACAACAGUAAUAGCAAUAGCAACAGGAGGAGCAGGAGGGGAUGA